AUGUCCACGUCCAUGCGCAUCCAAACCCCCCAAACCUUCCUCUCCUCCUUCGCCACUCUGUCCAUCCCAUCUUUCUCCGCCGUCUUAGCAGACUCCUACAAACAUAACUACGCCCCGGCAUCUCUAGUCGCUGAGCUCAACCGUGGAGGAUAUGACGGGAAAGAAGCGUUUCUGGAACACAUCCGCAGCGUGGCGAAGUUGAUGACAGGCUUCCCUGUGACGCCGCUCCGGAUGAUCCAAGACGAGGCCGAGAACGCAGUGUGGGCGUGGUGCAGGAGUUGGGCGGAGUGGAGGGAGAGUGUGGUUGAUGGGGAUGCAGAGUGGGGGUAUGAAGGCGAAUACGUGUUUAUGUUUUGGAUGGAUGGGGAGGGGAAAAUUGAGAAGUGUGUGGAAAUGCUGGAUACUUGGGCGACGAGGGAGAAGUUACUUGUCCUGUCUGCGCGGGCGAGAGAGAAUAUCAAGAGAAGGACGGGGGAGGAGUUUAAGUGGUUGGAGAGGGAGUGA